AUGCGCGAGAUCAACGUCUACUUGAAACGAGAAAGCGCCGAGCGGGUCCCGCCACGAUCCUCCGUGUAUAUGGUGCCCGACGAGUUGUCGUCGAAAAUCCACAGCAUAAUCCAAGAAUGUGAUAAGCAAAUGGCCGCCGCUCCACCCAAGAAAACGUUACGGAAUCUUCUUCUCAACUUCCAGCAACCCCGAAAAACCCGCGACUACGAGACGCUCCAACUUAGA